AUGAGUGUUGGUGGAAAUCAUAAACGACGCUCUCGAAGUUCGUUUGUCUCAGUUCGUUAUGUGCCAAGUGAAGAAGAAGAAGAACGCCAUCGGCAAACUGAAGCACAUAAUCUUCGUGUUUCAUUGCAUCAAAUAAAGAAUAUUGAAACUAUUCUUAAUCUGGUCGAUAAUUUUAAUCGACAUCUACAUUUGACAUUGAUGGUUGAUCGAUAUCAUUCAAGUUCACAAGAAUAUUAUCUGGCUUUAUCUCAAGCUUUGAGAGAUAUUCUAGCAAAAAACUGGAUUCGUACUCAACAGUUCUAUCAGAUGACCGGCGGUAAGCGAGUUUACUAUCUAAGUUUAGAGUUUUAUAUCGGACGAUACAUGAAGAAUACACUAAUCAAUUUGGAUAUUAACGACCAGAUGACACAAGCUGCCGAAGCUCUCAACAUCAAAUUAAACGAUUUGGAAGAGCUCGAGGAUGAUGCAGCAUUAGGUAAUGGUGGUCUCGGUCGUUUGGCAGCUUGCUUUCUUGAUUCAAUGGCUACAUUGGGUAUAUCAUCUUAUGGAUACGGAUUGAGAUAUCAGUUUGGAAUAUUCAAACAACAAAUUAUCGAUGGUUGGCAAGUUGAAGUACCCGAUGAUUGGCUGCGAAAUCCGAUGCCUUGGGAGGUUCGACGUAUUCAAAAUGAAAUACCUAUUCAUUUCUAUGGAAAAGUUAUUUGGAAUCAAACAACAAAUAGUUUUCAAUGGACAAACUAUGAGACCGUUAUUGCAGAGGCUUAUGAUUAUCCAGUUCCAGGUUACAAAAAUAAUAUCGUCAAUACUAUGCGUCUAUUUUCUGCAAAAGCUGAUUGUGAUUUCAAUUUCAAGUCGUUCAACGAAGGCGAAUACAUCCAAGCAGUCAUGGAACGUAACAAGGCUGAACGUAUAACAUGUGUGCUCUAUCCAAAUGAUAAUAUCGCGGAAGGACGAGAAUUACGCUUAAAACAAGAAUAUUUCCUGGUUGCUGCUAGUUUACACGAUAUUGUUCGUCGAUUCAAAGGUGAAAAACGUUGGCAAAAACCGCCAAAAAAGGAACCUAAACAGCAGAGUUUACAAGUACCAGAUAGAACUUCACAUCACAAAUCUUCAUCUCAUACAUCAGUGGACUUCAAAUGUAUGCCUGAAAUGGUAGCUAUUCAGUUGAAUGACACGCAUCCAUCAUUAGCGAUACCUGAACUGAUGCGUCUUCUUCUUGAUAAUGAACACUUAUCAUGGGACGAUGCGUGGUUCAUCACCGUUCAUUGUUUUGCAUAUACAAAUCACACUCUCAUGCCAGAAGCAAUUGAACGGUGGCCAGUGCCAAUGAUUGAAAAACUUUUACCGCGGCAUUUACAAAUAAUUUAUGAAAUUAAUGCACGGCAUAUACAAAAUAUUCGAGAACGUUUUCCAGCUGACGACGAUCGGGUUCGACGUAUGUCGAUCAUCGAAGAAGGUCCUGUACAGUUGAUCAAUAUGGCAUAUUUAUCUAUUAUUUGUUCCCAUACAGUCAAUGGUGUCGCACAAAUUCAUUCGAAGUUAUUACGUGAAUCGAUGUUUAAAGAUUUUUAUGAAUUAACACCGGAUAAGUUUCAAAAUAAGACCAAUGGUGUGACGUUUCGUCGUUGGCUUGCUCUUUGUAAUCCAGAUUUAUUUUCAUUACUUGUCGAAUGUAUCGGAGAACAAUUUGUACAAAAUGAUUAUCAAUCACUUCGAUCAUUUCGUCGGUAUGCUUCAGAUAAAAGCAUUCUUUCACGUAUUCAACAAAUCAAAAUCAAAAAUAAACUACGAUUAGCUCGAAUGCUUGAAGAUGAGUAUCACAUUGAAAUCAAUGUUCAGUCAAUCUUUGAUAUUCAAAUUAAACGAAUUCACGAGUAUAAACGAGCAUUACUCUGUUUACUUCAUGCAAUUACAUUAUACAAUCGAUUGAAAAAGGACAGUCGAGAAAAUAAACAGCAAACAUUCGUGCCACGAACAAUCAUCAUCGGUGGUAAAGCUGCUCCCGGUUAUGCUAUCGCUAAGAAAAUUAUCAAAUUAAUCAACGAUGUUGCAUCGGUAAUUAAUAAUGAUUCGGAUAUUGGGAAUCGGUUGAAAUUACUUUUUGUGAAAAAUUAUCGGGUAACAGCAGCAGAAUAUAUCAUUCCCGCUGCUGAUCUUUCUGAACAAAUUUCCUUAGCAGGAACGGAGGCAAGUGGAACAGGCAAUAUGAAAUUUAUGCUCAAUGGUGCAUUGACAAUAGGAACAUUAGAUGGGGCAAACAUUGAAAUGCGAGAAGAAUGUGGGUCAGAAAAUAUGUACACUUUUGGAUUUACAGUUGAAGAAGUGCAACAACGCCGACAGCGAGGUUAUAAUCCAUACGAUAAUCUUCAAAAUGAGGAACUACGUCUUGCUAUUGAUCAAAUUCGAGAUGGAUAUUUUUCACCCGAUGAUCGUACAAGAUUUCAUGAUAUUAUCGAUACAUUACUACGCAAUGGUGAUCAUUGGAUGGUCUUGGGUGAUUAUCAAGCAUAUAUUACUAAACAAGAUGAGAUCGCAAAAGAUUUCCUUCAGCCUCAUAGUUGGUAUUCCAAAUGUAUACACAAUAUCGGGGCUGCAGCGAAAUUUUCGUCAGAUCGAACAAUUGAAGAAUAUGCGAAAGAUAUCUGGAAGUGUGCUUUGCAUAAAGAUGGCUUACCAGACAAUAUCAAAGAAGAGUCUUCGAAUAAUAAACAAGGUUGA